GAUAAGGGUAUUUUCAGUAAUUUGUAUUUUCUCUUUCGUUUAGAAUCCGCAAAAAAAUUGAAUGAAUAUUCUCAGUUGCUCUGAAAAUUUGAAACCAGAGAGAGAGAAAUGGUGUCAGAGAUGUCAAGAUUUGUACGGACAUGAAAAACUCUAAUGGGGCCCGUGCUAAUUCGCUCUCCAAACCCUAAUUUUUCACUGAUCCCUAGAUUCAGGGCAUUUGAAUCCGCCAUUAAAGGACCUCUGACGAGGCCUGGCUCGUGUCCUUGCUAUGGCUCUCAGUCGAGGGUCUUUGAUUGCAGGAAGAGGAGGGAGAGACGGUUGCUUAGUGGGGGAAUUAGAGCUUUUUCGGAGAGGAGUGGCGAGGAGAUUGGCGGAGUGGGGAGCGAGGAGAGGCCUGGGUUCUCUGGGCCGGCCAUGGAGGUCUCGACCUCUGUUCAUGGAUAUGGAGAGGCAGAGUUUCCGCUCUGGGACAAGUUAGGAGCCAUUGUGAGGCUUAGCUAUGGAAUUGGCAUAUAUGGCACCAUGGCUCUUGUUGGUAAUUUCAUAUGCUCCGUUGUUGGAAUCGAUCACAUGGGAGGUUUCCAUCCAUCUUUGGAGGCUCUUUUGGAUGGACUUGGAUAUGCUGCUCCCCCAAUAAUGGCUCUCCUCUUCAUAUUAGAUGAUGAAGUUGUAAAGUUGUCGCCUCAUGCUCGAGCUAUUAGAGAUGUGGAAGAUGAAGAGCUUAGGAGCUUCUUUUAUGGAAUGUCACCAUGGCAGUUUAUAUUGAUUGUGACUGCGAGUUCAGUUGGGGAGGAGCUGUUUUAUCGUGUUGCUGUUCAGGGGGGACUGGCCCACAUGUUUUUGCAAGGAACCGAACUUGUGAAGGACACUCAAGGAAUCGCAUCUCUUACUGGAAUGCUGCCAUUGUUUGUCCCAUUUGCACAAGCAUUUGCGGCUGUCCUCACUGCAGCUCUUACAGGUUCUCUCUAUUAUAUGGCAGCCUCCCCAAAAGACCCAACAUAUGUGGUUGCGCCGGUCUUGCGUUCUCGUCCUGGCCGGGAAGAUCUCAAGAAACUAUUUGCAGCUUGGUAUGAGAGGAGGCAGCUGAAGAAGAUCUAUUCACCCCUUUUGGAGGGAAUGCUGGCCCUCUACCUAGGCUUUGAAUGGAUCCAGACGGAUAACAUACUUGCUCCCAUGAUCACACAUGGCAUCUAUUCUACCGUGAUACUGGGGCACGGACUAUGGAAGAUCCACGAUCACAAGCGUAGGCUACGCCAGAGAAUUCAACAGGUCCGGGAAGAGAGCAAACUCAAUAUGUAACAAUAGCAACAAAAAAAGAGGAUAAAAGCGAGAAAAAUGAAGAACAACAUGACAAAAAAAAAGAAGUUAAAGGCAUUUAAUAGUUGAGGUAGUUAUGAUCCUGAGAUGGAAAUGUACAUAGCUCCUUAUGGAGCAGGAGAAGUCCUACUAGGCCAGAGUCAGUUAGUGAUUUUAUGAAUCAUUAUUACUUAGUUGAGAAUAAUAAGAAUGAACGUGUAAUAUAUACAUAUGUAGUCUUAGUUUUUUAUGAUCACUUACCAGUAAAAUAUACAAUUGACUUGA